AUGGAUAUAGCGCAAAUACGGCAAGCAGCGCUCAACUCGCUGUACGCCCACAAAGACCAUCUAGACACGCUGCGCAAAAACACAGCAAAUUCAACCCAUCCACCCGCAGGCGACGAAAUCCGGGUUGUGGAUGUGAAGCAGUAUACUCAACCAACAACACAAGGUGUCUCGGCCCACCCCGUACCACAAGGUGUGUCGUUGCCAACGCCACCCGCACUGCCGAUAGUGACCACGCAACCGGCGUUAUCGCCAAUGCCUCCGCUCACCCGGCAGAAGCCUUCGCCGUACCCUCGGCAACAUGCGCCGCCACCGCCAGCCACCUCCAAACCCACGUUUCUUGGCUUACUGGGUGGUCACCCCGUCUACCAGUCUGUUUUCGACCUUCGUCGUUUGGGACUGCGGUUCGACGAGAUCCUGCAACAGAGCGGAUGCAGUGAGGAGUUUCUGCGGCAUAUCUUCAAGCAGCUGGGAUAUAGCAUCGAGUCGGUGGUCCAAACACCCAUGCCCCCUAUCCCGACCCCUGUGGCCGCGGUUCAACAGACACAGAUACAAUCACAAUCAUCACGCACACAACCGGUGAUGACCUUCGAGCAGUUUCGCAAGACACGAUCAGAGCUCAACACACCCACCCCGCAGACUCCGCCCAUUGGUGCUGCUGCCUUCAAUCCUGCGUACGUCGUUCCCGUUCGCUCCAUCCCUAGGUUCGGAGAGAAGUCUCGUCGUCAGAAACGACUUUGCAUUGAGAUUAGUGACAGCGAAAGUGACAGCGCAAGCGAAGGUGUUGUGUCAAAGAAGCAUAAGGACAUGUCUCUGGAAGAGACGCGGCUAGAGAUUGCACGAAUCCGGGCCUUGAUUGCCCAGCAGAACGCGUCGUCCAGAAACGGCACUCCCAGCCAUGAGGAUAGUGAGGCCAGCGAGACCAACGAGACUGCUGCCAUCGUGGAGAAGAGCCCUCUUGUUGAAGAGGCUGCUGGAAAACUCGAAUAUGUCGUUCAAAUCGCAGCAGCUGCCCCCAAGAGCGGUUCUCCUGCCUCGCCACCUCUCCCUGUGACGCCUGCUAUUUCCCCAGAGGUCCAGGCGUACCUCAACUCGAAACACAUUGCAUUAGAAUCGCUGAGCGCGGUUCAACUGGACAAGAUUGUUCAGAUCGUCAAACUCAAGACCUUGUUGCAGGGCGAGGAGGAUGCAUUCACGACAAGUCUGAAGAGCGCGACACAGCCACAUUCGAUACCCCAACCUGAUAUACCACCCCCUGCCACCCGGCAACCUAACCAAAGUGACACAGAAGGUAUCGAUGCUAGUGAUCGAGCACCUUCCUCCCACAGUCAUCAACAGCAGAGCCAGGCUGCUCAUGUAGUAAGUAUGGCUAACACAGAAGAACAAAUUGGAGUGACGAAUGAGCUGAGUGGGGUUGGCAAACGAGCUUGGCGAGGACACGGGAAAAAUUUCACGGGCGGAAGCGGAAUGGCAAAGAGUUGCAUUCGGUUUAUUUUCUUUCUUUGGUGCAUGCUUUUUUUUGCGUGGUGCACCGCAAUAUUUCGUUUUUCGAUCCUCGCGUCAUUUUUCUCUUCUACCUCGACAAGAUCUAUGUUGCUUUUCUAUUUUUCCCAGCACUAG